CAUGAACACUCCCAGCAACCAGCAAAAUAGCCUUUGGGUUUUUAGAUAAGGAAAAUUAAUAUCGUCAUAUAAUUUGCCAAUUUUAUUUUAAUACAAAGCGUCAAAUGUUUGCUUCUCUUCCUGCCUGGUUAAACACUUCAGACUAUGCAAGUUCUAUGUCGCCUGCGAUCUGCAGGCUUAAGCUUAUUCGAAAGGCUUCCAUCUAGUAGUAUUUCACAUUCGUCUUUUUGUUCUUUCAGUCUUUUCAUCCCUCACAAGAAUCUCAUUUACACAUUUCAGAGGUCAUUCCAUGGCAUACCAUUUUUCAGACCACAAUCUUAUCAAUGGCACCCACAAAUGCCUAUAAUUCCACUCCCUCACUCUAUCAUGAUGAUCCAAAAACAAUCAUUUGCCUCCAAGAAGAAGCCUUUGAAGAAUCUGCGUGUUGCACCUUCCAAGUUAAAGAAGACUAAGAUGAAGAGCUAUUCGUCAUAUAAAUCUAGGUUUAAGACUCUGGCUAGUGGCCAAAUAAAGCGUUGGAGAGUGGGAAAAAGGCACAAUGCUCAUUCAAAGUCUAAAAAGUCAAAACGAAGACUUCGACAGCCUGCCCUUGUUCAUCUGGCCUAUGCAAAAGUUAUGAAAAAGCUGAACUUUUGUGGUUAAGAAAAAUGGGGUUGGACAAGCUCAGUUAAAUGCACGUUUGUAAUGAGAUUUUGUUUAGAUCUUUUCUAUUCCAUUUAAGUUUGAAUUGCAAAAGAAUAUAAUGCAUGUAGCACUAGAAAAAUUUACAUUGGUCA